AUGGGCCCCGCGAGCGGAGUCGGUUCCCCCGAGUGGGCAGCCCCGCCGCCGAAGCCGGCGGUCUGCAGGUGGUUCCUGAAGGGCGAGUGCUGGGAGGGCGACAGGUGCAAGCUGUCCCACACCGUCGAGGCUGCAUCUGGCCAAGACGACUCCAAGUACAUGGAGCUCCACGAGAAGAUCUUUAGCCGCCGCUCGGACGCGGGGGCCUCGCAGGCCCUGGACGAGGUGAUCCGGGUGUUGCAGGAGGCCGUCUUCUUCCGCGUCGACCGCGUCGCCCGCGGCGGCCCCCUCGAGAAGGGCACGGCCAUCUCGGGGCCCGCCGGCGUCCACGCCGAGGUCGUCUUCUUCUUGCCCGCGAUCCCGGCAAAGAGCCGAGAUCGCUGGAUGACGCCGCUCCUCCGCGCUGUGGGCGGCACGCUGGCGGAGAAGCUGGAAGGGAAGCACGGCAUCGAGGGCGUGCGCGCCACCGACGACAGCGUCCGCCUGCGCGUGGCGCCCCAGGGCGUCGGGGGCGCGCCGCCUCUGGUGGUGGACCUGCGCUUCUCGCCGGCCUUCGGCAGCCGCGCCGAGGCCGUCGAG